CCACGACAUACGAACCGUAUACGCACAUCGUAUCGCUACCAACCACCUAUAACUGUCGUAAUAGCAGUUCUCAAAAUGAUUCGUCGUCCACGAAGUGAAAGCAUCGCUCAAAGGCCCGCCGCUGCUGCCAGCGCACCCGCAAAGCAAGGUAAAGCUUCAACCAAGACAGCCCCUGACGAGGAGGACAAAAUUGACGAGGCCGAGGCCGAGGAUGAAGACAAAGAGGUAGACGAAGAAGAUGCCGGUGAGGAGGGCAGCGAAGGAGGAAAGCCAGAGCGAAAGGCGUACGAGCUGGUCGGUUCCGGCCCGAACGUCUGCUACCUCUGGGCGGAUGGCAUAUCCUCGCUCCUCGAGCUAGAUGAGGACAGAGCGUAUGUGGUCCUCAAGUCCGCGGCGCUCGACGCCUUCCGACCGGUCGCAGGCCUCCCAAAGGACGAGCGGUUCGAGGCUAUUGAGAAGCACCUCGACAUCCUCCGGACUUGGUCCAUCGACGCCACAGACGAGGCUCGUGAGGCGCCAGCGGCGCAGGCUCUCGUGAAGGAGUGGAACGAGAAGACAGGAAAAAACGACGAAGAAGAAGACGAGGACGAGGACGGGGAUGGUGAGGACGACGAAGAUGGUGGCAAGGGCGUGCAAUGGUGGUAUGAGGUGACCCUACAGCAGGAGCGUCCCAAGGAUGAUACGUCGCACAUUGAGGUUACUCUGGAAGAUGCUGGUAUCUGGUACCUCACCGAUAUCAAGCCGGCGGACAAGGAGGGCGACACUGCGAUGAGCGUCGUCGUGGAUCACACCGCGCAUACAUACGAUUGAUAUGCCGCGUCUGCAUUCUUGAACAGCCCCAACGGUCAUGCAAUUUCUUGCUCCUCAAACUAUAUACGCAUCUGAGGUUAUCCUAGAACAAGUCUUAAUUAGAUAGACAUUGGUACUUCGCACCACCAGUACUCACCGUCUUAGUAUUUUGCGAUCCUAAGUACACAUUGCAUCAGCGCUGAAAUAUUGGCUACCUAUUGCUCAAUACGCCCUGAUUGAAGACUUCAUUGCAGCUGUGAAUGUUUUACACGAACUUCAUAGGCAUAG